GAGCCCUAGAAAAGCGGGUCCCGGGCGCCGCGGAGGCUGCAGGGCUCCCCGCGCCCACCAUGAAGAACCCGGUGCCGCAGGCGGCGUCGAUGCUGCUCGAGAAGCUGCUGCUCCUCGUCCACGUUCGAGCCCUGCCCGGGGGCUCCGGAGGGGAAUCCUCGCCUCCCGCCGCUCCCGCGUACUACGACACGAGCUGCUUCAAGCGAGGAGACCUGCUGGAGGUGCCCCGCACCCUCUUCAUCCACUUCGGCAUCUACCUGGGCGAGAACCGCGUCGCCCACCUGAUGCCCGACAUCCUGCCCGCCGUCACCGGCGACCGGCGGCAGAUCCAGCAGGUGGUGACCAACAAGCGGCUCAUCCUGGGCGUCAUCACCAGGACGGCCAGCAUCCGCGUGGACACGGUGGAGGAUUUCGCCUAUGGCGGCAGCAUCCUGGUCAACCACAUGGACCGACUCUUCGAGGACCAGGUGCUGGGCAGCGAGGAGGCGGCUCGCCGGGCGGAGAAGCUGGUGGGCGCCACCGCCUACAGCCUGCUCUGGAACAACUGCGAGCACUUCGUCACCUACUGCCGGUACGGAGCGCCCGUCAGCUUCCAGACAGACAAGUUCUGUGAGACUGUGAAGAUGAUUAUUCGGGACCAGAGGAGUGUUCUUGCUUCAGUACUUGUGGGAUUAGCAUCAAUAGUCUGCCUAGGUUUGGCACCCUCCACCACGCUCCCCACUAUCUUUAUUCCCUUCUUUCUGUGGAUGGCUGGCUAGCAGCCCAUCAGGAGGAUCACAACUGACGUCUGUAUAUAAGGUGUACACUACUGUAUUUAUGAAAGCACAGAUUACUCAUUGGCGUUGUGUAAAGUUUCUUAACCUUGUGUGCCAUUUUUAAAUGCAACUUUUGUCUAGAACACAGUGCACAAGGCAUAGCUUACUGUGUAAGCCAAAUAAUAGAUUUCCUGAAAAUCUCAGUUCAUACGUUUUAACACACCUUUAAAUCAUGAAAAAGUAUGGUUGCAAUGCAGUUCUGCUCCUUGCCUUUAGCCAUAAGUGAUACUGGCAAUAUUCUUCGUGUUGUUCUGUUUCUUAGCUGCAUACCUGGGUGCUGUAACUAUUAAUAAAAAUGGAUGCUGGAAUACCACAAAGAGAUGGGUAUUGAGAAAAAACUGCUUAUCUCUUACUUUGAUAUAUUUUGUAUUCAGAAGUUACUGUCUCCACUCCUAAAACACCUUUUGGUGGAGAUACGAAUUAGUAAAAUGACUUGUUUUGAUGGCAAAUAAGAAAAAACAGCUGGGUGCUGGGUGCUGCAGUAGCACAUCUGGCUGGAUUGUCUACAGUCCUUUGACUUCCCUUUGACUUCUGCUUCAUAUUAAUUCUGUAAACACUUGUUUUACUGUAUUGAACAACUUCUUGAUUGAGUUAGAGGUAAGGAAAGACGGUGAUUCCUCAGCAUUUUGUUGCUACUAAAGGUGGUUAGUAUGGCCAAUAUAAAUGACUGCAGAGGGCUUUAGGGGAGACAGGAAGAAAGAAGCUUGCUUUAUAACAACCAGUGACAUAAUAAACAUCAGAAAAUUCCACAUUUCAGGGGACGUGGUGGGGAAGAGGAGGAGGACAGGUGCCAAUUUAGUUCCUACCUUCCCUCAGCAACGGGGCCUGUAUGGAUAUCAUAAUGAAUCAGGGAUUAUUGGAGCAAUUUCUUUGGUGGUGUCAUUUUGGACACUGCCUUAAAACUGGAUGCCUCUCGGUGAAAGAUGACAUGUCUUUCUAUACUCUGAAUAAGCAUUCACUUGCAAGCCAGCAGUUGGUGCUAAAAAUGUUUCAUCUUCAAUGAUGAGGCCUAUCUGCUUAUCAGGAAUGUGUAAAGCUGGAUUUGAAAUCAAGUUCAUCCAGCCAAUUGUUUGAGUGCUAAAAUCCUUUGCUGUUUUUUUCUUAGCAAUGUCUUGAUGUAUGCAGAGAAGUUCAGCGCCUGGAAUGUCUUGCAUGCAAUACAUGCACUUACACGUUCAUGUGCCUUUCUUGCCUUCCUUUCUAGUCAAAGGCAACUAUGAUGGUGUCUUUACCAAACGAACCUCAGAUUUGCUUCUUUCUAUGAAUGCUGUUCAGUAUGCUGUCAUCAGCUCUGCUGCUGAAGUGGCCACUUUUCCCCAUUUUUAUUUUAAGUGUGCUAUAAACCCCCUUCUCCUUCCCCAAAACCUUACAGUUGCUUGAAGAUCAGAUUUUUAGCUGUAAGCCUACUUGGCUGCUCUCUAAUAAUCUUUCUUCUUCUGGCUGCUCUGCUAUAACCAAUGAAGAAUGAAAAGACUGGGUAUGAAAUUCCGGGGUUAUAGGAAACAGCAGCAUUACUACCGCUGCCAUCAACCGAGAGGGGAUCUCAGCCCAGCUUUCAGUUAUGCAUUCAGUCUGCAGCUUAGCUCCAAAGCAUCUGGAUAUCAAUUACUGCUGGAUGCUUGUGAACAGCUUCUGUUCUGGUGGUUUCAAAGAUUGCAAUGCUCAGUGUAACUGUUUCUGGUAAACUUUUAAAAUGACAGUGUUUUUUAAUUAACAUUAAUUGCUUUUUCAUAGUGUAUGCAUUAGUUAUAUUUACACAAAUUCCACUGUGGUUUUUUUUUACUUGCUGUGCAUAAGGUAUGAACUGUAGUAAUUACUGUAAUGACAUAUAAAUAGAUUUUGUUAAUUUAAAAACGUCUACCGGCCUCUUGAAAUUGAAUAUGAUUGAGUAUAAUUCUCUAACGUAUCCCAGUAGGGUACUGAACAGCCCAUUAACAUGCAGUUCCAUGGUGUCUGAUACAGGUGGGCUUUUCCCCUUUAUUUACUUGGGAUUUAUAAGAAUUCCAGUAAUUCUUAAGAUGUACUUACACAAUAAACAACGGGGUCAUGACCAGUAACCAAAUUGUAAGUGGGAUUGUUGGAAGGCAGAGAAAGCUUCCUGCUCUAGCUUCAGUAUCAAAGGACCAAUGUUUCUGCUUUGCUAAUGCUGUUGAGCAAGAAGGAUCGAGAUUAGGCUGGGGGGACUAAACUGGGAUUUUGAUACAUGUCUAUGAAAGAAAUGAAAGCAGUUCCUUGCAGACUUCCAGCUUUAUUAGCAGAAAAUUUUCCUUCUAAGUGUAAAGUUUUAAGCUUAUGAAAUGGUUUAGAAUGUCCUGCUGUAUCCUUUCAUCAGAGACAAGGGCAUGGGAACAGAAGUUCAGCUGCAUGUUAAGAGUUUUUCCUACCAACUAUAAUUCUACCAGAGAUCUGGAAAUUUUGUUAAAAUUAGGCAUCAGUCAAAUUAGUCAUACUCUGAAGGGCAAACCAAAACUAGCUGACGUGUAUUCUUAAGUUCAGCUCAGUGGGUGGUGGUUGUGCCCUGAAAUAUUUUGGUAAAUGUCAGCGUCAACUUUUUUCUGUAAUUACUUGAGUAAAAAUAAGCACUUGCCCUUCCUUAGUGGAGCAUUGCAUUUCAGACCUGAGCUCAACUGUGAUGCCAUUGAAAUGAACGAGCUAGUUAGAGUAAGAAAAGCACAGAAAAACGUGGAGGAGUUCAGCUGUUUGGAAAUGUGUGUGAAGUGAAAUUGUUCAUCGGUAAGUGUAAGUGAUGGUGAUGGGGGGGAUGUAAAUCUAGAGUUGCAGCUCAUUUUAGUGGUGGGGCUGGUUUGAAAAGUUGUGUGAUUAAACGAGAAUAUGUAAUGGAAGAGCAUAACCAUCACCCCUGUGCCACUGGGAAAGGCAAGUAGUGAAGACAUCAUGUUAAAAGGAUAGAUGUUUCACUUCAGGCUUUCCAAUGAAAACAAAAAUAAAAUGAGCAUUGACAAGGCUCGAAAUGUUUUUACAAACAUUUUUACUGUGUUUAAAGGAAAAAAAAAGUUGCUAAAUGAAGACAUUAGAACAGUGAGCUUUCUGUUUGCCUUUAUUUUAGCUUGGAACAUAAAUGAUUACUCAUUUUGUGGUGAACAGUCAUCUGCUGCUUGAUUUCACCUUUGGGUCCUCCUGUGCUGGAGGAGAAUGCUACGUAUAAAU